AUGCCUACUAACUUCACCGUAGUGCCAGUGGAAGAUGCGGAAAGAGACAGCAACACUGCGGCUGCUCCUGGAACCAGUAAACCCAUCAGCCUGGGCAACAUUUUUGGGGAGGAAGAUGAUGAGGACAACUUGGAAGGACUUAACUCAGGUGAUGAAAGCCAGAGAGAAUCCAGUCCAUUCAUCCACUCAGACGAUGACCGUGAACAGUACGAUGGCAAGAACAUGGCCCUGUUUGAGGAAGAAAUGGACAGUAAUCCCAUGGUUUCAUCUUUUCUCAGCAAGCUGGCUAACUACACUAACCUGUCCCAAGGUGUUCGAGAGCACGAGGAGUAUGAGUACGAGGAUGGGGUCAGGAGGGUCACUGUCACGGGCCCCCAAAUGGGAACAUUCAUUGGGGUGUACCUGCCCUGCAUGCAGAACAUCCUGGGUGUCAUCCUCUUCCUGCGUCUCACGUGGAUCGUCGGUACGGCAGGAAUCCUGGGCACUUUUGCCAUUGUCUCCAUGUGCUGCAUGUGUACGUUGCUCACAGCUAUAUCAAUGAGUGCCAUAGCAACGAACGGAGUUGUCCCAGCUGGCGGCUCCUACUACAUGAUCUCUAGAUCUCUGGGUCCAGAGUUUGGAGGAGCAGUGGGUCUCUGUUUCUACCUGGGAACCACCUUCGCAGGAUCCAUGUACAUACUGGGCACCAUAGAGAUUCUGCUGACAUACAUUGUUCCAACGGCAACAGUGUUUGUAGCCCAAAGUAAAGAAGGCGAAGGCCUAGCAAUGGCCAACAAUAUGCGUGUCUACGGAACAUGCUGCCUGAUCCUGAUGGCACUGGUUGUGUUUGUCGGGGUGAAAUAUGUUAACAAGCUGGCCCUCGUUUUUCUGGCCUGUGUGGUGCUCUCCAUCAUGGCCACAUAUGCAGGAGUCAUCAAGACCGUCAUUGAACCGCCAGAGUUUAAUAUUUGUCUAUUGGGGAACCGUUCUCUGAAGAACGACAAGUUUGAAACGUGUGCAAAGACGGAAAUCGUGAAAAACAACACUGUGACCACCGAGCUCUGGAAACUUUUCUGUGACAGUGAAUAUCUCAACGCCACCUGUGAUGAAUACUUCACCUUAAACAACCUGACAGAGAUAAAGGCCAUACCUGGGCUCCUGAGUGGAGUUAUCAAAGACAAUCUGUGGGGUGACUAUGGUCCAGUUGGUAUGGUAAUAGAGAAGGAAAACCAGCCUUCAGUACCAGCCCAAGAUAAUGAUAAUGAUAUCAAAAUGCCCUACGUCUUCAAUGACAUCACCACCUUCUUCACUCUGCUGGUGGGAAUAUACUUCCCCUCUGUCACAGGUAUAAUGGCAGGCUCUAAUAGGUCUGGUGAUCUGAGAGAUGCCCAGAGGUCGAUACCAAUAGGAACCAUAAUGGCUAUCCUCACCACGUCUUUCAUUUACAUUUCCUGUGUGAUCAUGUUUGGAGCCUGUAUUGAAGGAGUGGUGCUCAGAGACAAGUUUGGAGAGUCCAUAAAGACGAACCCAGUAAUUGGUAUCCUGGCCUGGCCGUCACCCUCAGUAAUUGUGAUUGGCUCAUUUUUCUCCUGCUGUGGGGCAGGGCUUCAGAGCCUCACUGGCGCCCCCCGGCUGUUACAGGCCAUUGCUCGUGAUGGCAUUAUCCCAUUCUUACAGGUCUUCGGUCAUGGGAAGGCUAAUGGGGAGCCCACCUGGGCUUUGCUACUGACAGUUGGGAUCUGUGAGAUAGGGAUCCUCAUCGCAUCUCUGGAUAACGUGGCCCCCAUCCUCUCCAUAUUUUUCCUCAUGUGCUAUCUAUUUGUCAACCUGGCCUGUGCUGUUCAGACUUUGCUCCGAACCCCCAACUGGAGACCUCGCUUCAAGUUCUAUCACUGGACUCUGUCUUUCUUAGGGAUGAGUCUGUGUCUCUCGCUCAUGUUUAUCUCCUCUUGGUACUAUGCCCUGGUUGCCAUGGCGAUAGCCGGUUGUAUCUACAAGUACAUUGAGUACAAAGGGGCAGUGACAGAGUGGGGAGACGGUAUCCGAGGUCUGUCCUUAAAUGCUGCACGGUAUGCACUCAUACGUCUGGAGGAAGCACCGCCACACACCAAAAACUGGAGGCCUCAGCUGCUUGUGUUGUGUAAGCUGGACUCGGACCUGGCGGUGAAACAUCCUCGUCUGCUGUCCUUCACCUCGCAGCUCAAAGCAGGGAAGGGACUGACCAUCGUCUGCUCAGUGCUGGAGGGAACCUACAUGACCCGAGGGAAUGACGCCAAGACUGGAGAGCAGAAACUUAAAGCAGCCAUGGCUGCAGAGAAGACCAAAGGUUUCUCCCACGUGGUUGUGUCGUCUAACCUGCGAGACGGUUUCUCCCUGCUCAUCCAGUCUGCAGGACUGGGAGGAAUGAAGCACAAUGCCGUCCUGAUGGCUUGGCCAGCAGGUUGGACAGAAGCCCGGGACGCCUCCGCAAGAAGGAACUUCAUAGAAACAGUGAGGGAGACAACUGAAGCCCAUCAGGCUCUGCUGGUUGCUAAGAACAUCGACCAUUUCCCUGGCAACCAGGAGCGCUUGAAAGGGGGAACCAUCGAUGUGUGGUGGAUCGUACAUGACGGUGGAAUGCUAAUGCUGCUGCCGUUUUUAAUAAUUCAACACAAGGUAUGGAGAAAAUGUAAAAUGCGAAUCUUCACGGUGGCCCAGAUGGAUGACAACUCCAUCCAGAUGAAGAAAGAUCUCCAGAUGUUCCUCUACCAGCUACGCCUAGAUGCAGUGGUGGAGGUGGUGGAGAUGCAUGACAGUGACAUCUCAGCGUUCACCUAUGAGAAGACGCUGGUGAUGGAGCAGAGGUCUCAAAUGCUCAAACAGAUGCAGCUGUCCCGCACUGAGAGGGAGAGAGAGGCCCAGCUGAUCCAUGACCGGAACACGGCGUCUCACUCUACAAAUGACAAAGCUUCAGGGACCACGCCAGAUCGCGUCCACAUGACCUGGACCAAAGACAAACUGGUCAAUGAGAGGAACAGACACAGAGAAGGCAUAGGAGUUAAAGACAUGUUCAAUAUGAGACCUGAGUGGGAGAAUCUCUCCCAGUCUAAUGUGCGCAGGAUGCACACCGCUGUGAGACUGAAUGAGGUGGUGGUCAAGAAAUCCCAGAAUUCACAGCUGGUGUUGCUCAACAUGCCGGGCCCACCAAAGAACAUGAAAGGGGACGAGAACUACAUGGAGUUUCUGGAAGUUCUAAUGGAAGGGCUAGACCGCGUCCUGUUGGUUCGGGGAGGAGGCAGAGAGGUCAUCACCAUCUACUCCUAGCACCAAGAGGUUCCUAAUGUUCCUUUGGGAUGGCACUGGAGGAAAACACGGUUGAACAGUGGGACCCCAGACGGCCUGGGGAUGGGGGGUUGACAGGAAGGCAUGGCUUCAUCAAGGCAGGACAUGGGUAAUGGUGUUAGACAAAGGAAGCACAGAAUAAGCCCUCAGUGAAAGUUCAUGCUUUGGAGGACUGCGGUUGCUUUGAAGGUCAGGGGAGUCUGCCUGCAACACAGCCUGAGCUCAGUGCAUCAUCUGGGGACACGGAGGGCUCAAUACACCCCAUCCUCCUGGGGCUACUUAGCUUUGCCACAUCUUUACAUUGUAAGAUGACUUACUGUGGAGAUACUCUUUCCUCACAUAACCUGUGUUUUCUGAAAGGCAUGUAAUUUCCAUUUAACACAUUUUAUCGCUUCACCUGGCACU